AGUUUAUAAAUCGUUAAGACUCUCCUCUUAGGGCUUGUGCAACGGCGGUGUUUCAGAAAAUGAGGCAAACAAUUCCUGGCUACUCGUCGAUUUUGAUUCGUUAACGCCUGGCGUUCCGAUGUUCAGCUACCUCUUCUUGGUGUGCUGUCUGUCGCGGUUAUCGAGCGUUUCGGGGGUGAAAAACAUCACGCACGGGGUUGCGAGACAUCUAAGAUCGAUUGGAUUCCCCGAUGGAAGUGGCAUGGGGAUAUUCUUCGCGCUCGGAGUGCCCAUUGAUAUUCCCAACAAAUCGGUGCUAUUUUCUAUGUACUUCGAAGCGAAUUACGGUCUGCCCGGAGAAUGGAACUCCAGUUAUUAUUUGGACGAGCCCUAUUACAGGAAACGCAGCCUAGAUCGACGAAUGGCGUACGACGUUCUCGUAAACAAAUUGGAAAGUUUCGGUUACUCCGGAGAAACUUGUCUGUUAAAAAUGAUCUGCGAAGUCGCGAACUGUCCCCUGACAAACAAUGGAGUAUUCGGCGAUAUUCUGCACAUUCUGUUCACGCCAUCCUCUUCCCAAGAUGAAGGACUCCCAAGCACCAUCACCGAGGCUGAGUAUAGAGAAGACUGCGAUAGCUACUAUGAAAAAUGUCCCCAAAGUCCAUUAGCCCUGAUAAGCCAGAAUCUCGACGCUAAUACUUGAAGAAGCCAUGCUAUUAAAUGCAAACUUAAUAUUAGGAUAUCUCAAAAAAAUUGCGCGACUUUAGUUACUUUGCUUCCCGAGAUAGAAAGCUCGUUGUAAGAUUAAAAAUAAAAUGCAAAUGAACCAAAGCUUGAAAUGUGACGUAUUUUCUGAAACACUUCUCCAUAAUGAAAAUAAAGAAAUUACACGUAUGCAAUAAGAAGACGAAAUCUAGCUGUACAGGUUGCUUUAAAUUACGGAAAGAAUAUAAAUCAUUCCCGCAACCCGGUAUGCAAUGUUUCCCCAAACACGAUAGUCAAAUUCGCUUCGAUAAGCUACAUCUAGAUUUUGACAACACAAAGAGCAAUGAUAAAUUAGACCAACGCGAGGCAAACGUACACAAACGAAGUUUGUGCGUGCAUUUCGACCGUUAAUGGUCAGUACACUGAAUUGAAUAUCGACUGCGAUAAGCGCUAGUUCAAACACGAUUUGAUCACACAAAUCCGUUGUAAAUAUUAACUCGCGUGAUUAACUACCCUUGAGUUUACAAUAACUUUGCAGCAACUUCUCGU